UUUAAAUAAAAAAAAAUAAGAAAAUAAAGAAAAAAACAAAAACCAACCGAAUCAACUACAAAACGUCAACAAACACAGAAACAGCAGCGCUGCAUAGAAGACAACACACCCCUCUUCUCCCAGAACAACAAAAAGUGGUUUGUAAUAAGUCCGGAUGCCAAAAUCACAGAACUUUGGAAAGUGCAGGCUUUGCUGCAGCACACAUUCAUUGCGUUUCUGCAGAGCGUUUAUAGCAAUGACCCCUGAAGAGCGAUACGAGUCGGCCAAGGCACAUCGUUAUUGCCUUAACUGUUUAGCGACAUCUCACACCACGGGAGCCUGUGAUAACCCCGACAGCUGCCGCUGUUGCGGCCUAGUUCACCACACGAUGCUUCAUCGGUCAGGACAUGACGUUUCCAAAGACCAACCGAAGACGCGGAAAGUCACUUUCCGAUCCGGUAACACUCGGCGCACCAAAAAACCAUCGAAGGCGACGCAACAACCAAGAAGCGCCAAAUCAUCAAGGUUGACAGUGCGAAGGACCAUCUCCCGUAAUCCACCUGCCGUGCAACAAAGGAUUCGCGGGUUGGUGAAAAGAGCCCGCGAAACACUGAACCAGCUUGAAGACCUUGUCGAGGUAUCGUCCCCGCAGGCCCGCCGGCAUGUUGAAGACAUGGAUGAGGAUGGCCUCAUCAUCCUUUAAGUACUAUUUAAGAAAAUAUAUUUUACUCAAAUGAAUUUCGAAUAAUAUAACAAAUAAAAUGUUAAUUAAAUGAAUAUGAAUUAUCCCC